AUGCUAACAAAAUCCUGUAGUCUUAAAAAGCUAACACUACGCUGCACUAACACUACGGUUAGCGUAACUGGCCCACCGUUGCCAGCAAGACAAUUGAAACGGCUCCGAAAAUCCAACAGUCCGGAUCAUGAGGACAACAAUGACACUGAACCAACUGCAGACCUAGCCAAACAACCUGAAGAAACCCAAUUUGAGCCUUCAAAAGGUGAACAAAAAAUUGAAAAUCAAGAUAGUGAUGCCGAGCAAUCUCUGGACGAAAUCAAUAAUAACGCUCUGUUGGCUUUGUUGGAUGAAAAGCUGGCAAGUGUUCCAAAACAUCUACAACAUCUGGUCAAGGACCAAUUCGACCCAGAAGGCGAUGGCAACUGUGGCUUCCGGUGUGUUGCAAGAGCACUUGGUUACGACGAUAAUGGAUUCAUGCGGGUCCGGCAGGAGAUGAUCACCGAUUUAACAGAUAACCGAGCAAGUUACGUCAAAUUGCAGGGCAGCGAACAGGAAGUAGUCAAUAUCCUCAAUGGCCUAACAGUAGAUGGCACCCAAUCUAGCGUUCCUCCUGGGAAGUGGCUCAGCAAGUUGUCGCAUGGUCAAAUUCUUGCAAAUACUUAUACCCGCCAGGUUUUCCUCUCUUUUGAUUCCUGCAACACCUAUCUGCCCUUGAGGCUUGGCCCCGAGGACUCCAAAUCCAACGAACCUAUUUACCUUCUUCACGUGAACAAGAAUCACUGGGUUUUGGCUUACAUGGAGGAAGUAGAUGGGGUGAAACCUCUCCCUCCCCCCAUGCUGGCAACUAAGUGCACUUCGGAAACCGCUAAGGGCUGGUGGAGUUACAUACAGCAGGGCCUGGCUUUCUAUCACCGGCUCCUUGUGGAUUCCAAAAAGGUUAUUUAA